AUGGCGACAUAUACGAGAAAAUCCGAAUCGUUGGUUAUAGAGUUCAUGUCUAUGUUCCUAGUAUUGGUUAUGUCUGGUCCGAUAGUUGUCGAGGGACGUGCCUUUUUCGUGUUCGGUGACUCGCUCGUCGACAGUGGCAACAACAACUACCUCGUCACGACAGCACGUGCUGACUCUCUGCCGUAUGGAGUCGAUUUUCCAACUCGGAGACCAACCGGCCGGUUUUCCAAUGGCCUCAACAUUCCAGACCUUAUCAGUGAGGCAAUCGGCAACGAAGAGCCACCGUUACCGUACCUUAAUCCAGAGCUUAGGGGACAAAGGCUCCUUAAUGGUGCCAAUUUCGCCUCUGCUGGCAUAGGAAUUCUCAACGAUACCGGCUUUCAGUUCAUAAACAUCAUAAGAAUGUACCAACAGCUCGACUACUUCCAACAAUACCAACAACGUGUGAGUCGCUUGAUAGGGAGACCGCGAACGCAGCGGCUCGUCAGUCAAGCGCUUGUAUUAAUCACGGUCGGCGGAAACGAUUUCGUUAACAACUAUUUCUUGUUUCCAUAUUCCGUUAGAUCCCGCCAAUUCACUCUACCCGAUUACGUCCGAUUCCUGAUUUCUGAAUACAAAAAACUACUAUUGAGGUUAAAUUCGCUUGGAGUGGGUCGAGUUCUAGUGACAGGAGCCGGACCACUAGGAUGUGCACCGGCUGAGCUGGCGAGAUCAGGCACGUCAAAUGGGAGAUGCUCACCUGAGCUACAACAAGCUGCGUCUCAAUACGACCUUCAGCUAAUCCAAAUGAUAAAUGAACUUAACAGAAAGAUUGGGAAAACUGUGUUUAUUGCAGCAAACAUCAACCAAAUGCAAAUAGAUUUUCUAAGAACUCCACGAAGCUAUGGAUUUAUAACUUCGAAGGUUGCUUGUUGCGGACAAGGGCCGUACAAUGGGCUGGGUUUGUGUACAGUACUAUCGAACUUGUGUCCGAACCGUGACUUGUACGUGUUUUGGGACGCGUUUCAUCCGACCGAGAAAGCAAACCGCAUGAUAGUCCGUUAUAUCUUGACCGGUACCACCAAGUAUAUGAACCCCAUGAACCUUACCUCUGCUCUUGCCUUAUGAGUGAAACAUCCGAUCAUUUUAAGCUUAAAACUCGGAAUUCGUUUGUUUUGGUUUAAGUUUACUUGAUUUGCAAUAUGUAUCAUGUAUGAAUUUGACUAUCGAGUACAAGAUCAUGCAAUUACUCAGUCUGAAUUUAACU